CUUAUGAUUUUCGGCAUCAGGGAUGUUCAAAACAUAUACCCUGUGAAUUUCAGCUCGAUCGGAGCACUUUUAGAAAAUCCGAGGAUUACAAUAGCUGUGAUUAGAAGGAAUCACACCUAAAAAUGGCACCGGCUCGACAGAGAAUCCUCAGUCGGAAUUCAAGUGAAAAUACUCAGGGAAGAAAACCACCAGCAAAGCUAAGAGUAGGCGGAAAAGGUAGUAAGGAUGAUACAGGAAAGUCCAAGAGUAAAUCCUUCUGGAAUUCUUCGAAAAAGAAGGAUGCCCCUCCCGUCUCAUCAACCAAGUUCCUGAUCUUCGGUCAUGAUUCUGCCAUCAAAUUGCUUUUUACUACUCGCCUCUUUGCCGCAAUUUGGUCACACAUCAGUGAUUGCGAUGAGACUUUCAACUACUGGGAUCCCCUUCACUACAUGAUCUACGGAAAGGGCCUCCAGACAUGGGAAUACAGCCCGGAAUAUGCCCUAAGGUCGUACACGUAUCUCAUGAUGUGUGGCCUACCUGCCUGGUUCUACAACAGCAUCUACAUUCCAAAUCCCAUGCUGAUGUUUUACUUUGUUCGAUGCAUCCUGGGAAUUGUUUGUGCCAUUGUGGAGUUCCAUUUCUACAAGGCUGUUUGCAGAGAAUUUGGCAUACAUGUUGGACAUGUCUGGCUUAUCUUCCAAUUUUUCUGUGCCGGAAUGUUCAUCUCCUCAACAGCCUUCCUGCCCAGUUCUUUCUCCAUGUACCUGGGCAGUGCAGCUCUGGCUGAAUGGUGGUUCCAGCGAUACAAUUCCGCAGUGUUCCUUACAGCAAUUUCAGCCCUUCUAGGCUGGCCCUUUGCCGGUGCUAUAGGACUUCCAAUAGCCCUGGACAUGAUCUUCAGGCAGAAAAUGCUGAAGAAUUUCAUCGUAUGGACAGGGAUAUCAGCUGCGACAAUUCUCAUUCCCAUGACCCUCAUAGAUUCCACAUUUUUCGGACGAGUCGUUGUAGCUCCAAUCAAUCUCAUCAUCUACAAUGUCUUCUCUUCUCAUGGCCCAAAUCUCUAUGGAAUUGAAUCCUUCAAGUAUUACUUGGUCAAUGGAUUCCUCAACUUCAAUAUCGUGUGGUUUCUAGCCUUGGGAACUCCCUUUCUCUUGACUAUUUGUCACUAUUUCGUCCCGGCCAAGUCCAAAAGUACCCUCUACUUACCCCAUUGGCUCAGCCUAGCCCCUUUCUAUCUCUGGCUCUUGAUCUUCUGGCCCCAACCCCACAAAGAAGAGAGAUUCCUCUUCCCAGUGUACCUCCUGAUAAAUCUCUGCGGAGCAAUAUCCCUGGAUGUCAUCCAGAAGGUCUACUUUCGCAUCAAAGGACUCCUCCGGGGAUUCCGUCCAGGAAGCCACUACUGGGACGAAUCCACUGUCAUCGCGGGCAUUUUUAUCGCAAUAGCCACCCUCCUGGGAGUGUCCAGGAUCUUCACUCUCUACCGCAAUUACCAUGCUCCCAUAAAUCUCAUGAUAGAGUUCAACAAUCUGGCCAAAGACAAAACCCUCCAAGUCGAGGGACCUGUUAAUGUCUGCUUCGGGAAGGACUGGUACCGUUUCCCCAGCAGUUUCUUCCUGCCCACAAAUUACCGGGUUCGAUUCAUCGAAUCAGAAUUCAAAGGGAUGCUCCCAGCCUACUUCGAUGAGACUGCCAAUGGAACCCAAAUAAUUCAUCCUUACUUCAAUGAUCGCAACGAAGGGAAUGAUUUUAUGCUGUUCAACUACACAAAAUGCCACUUUCUCAUCGACCUGGAUGUCGGCAGGUACUCAGACCUCGAGCCAAACUUCCUGGAGAGAGACAAGGAAUGGAGUCUACUCAAGCAAUUACCCUUUGUGAAUGCUGAGGAAUCCCACAACAUCUUCAGGGCUUUCUACAUUCCCUACUUCAGUGACAAAUACGUCGAAUUUGGCUCUCUGAAUCUCCUCAAGAGACGAAAGCUGAAAUUCGAAUGAAUCUGGAAGCAAUUGUGGUUUCAUCUCUCUAGUCUCAGUGUCGUGUGAAUUUUUUGAGUUGUACAAGUGAAUCUUUUUUAUGAGUAGCAAAUAUAUAAAUAUAUUAAACCGAAUUUAAAAA